GAUCGGAACCUUCGGGAGCGCGUCACUCGGUCGAGCUGCAGUGCUCGCUCGGAGUCCCGGCGUCCCUUUUCGUGUGGCUCAUCUCCGCUUAAGCAGCUGUGGUACCAUGGCUGUGCUCGUUGUUCUUCUGUACUUUCUGGUGGCAGGUGCUUUAGGGAAUGAAUUUAGCAUAUUAAGAUCGCCAGGGUCUGUUGUUUUCCGAAAUGGAAAUUGGCCUAUACCAGGAGAUCGAAUCCCAGACGUAGCUGCACUGUCCAUGGGCUUCUCUGUAAAGGAAGACCUGUCUUGGCCCGGGCUUGCCGUGGGUAACCUAUUCCACCGGCCACGGGCUACCAUUAUGGUGAUGGUGAAGGGGGUGGAUAAACUGGCUCUUCCCACAGGCAGCGUCAUCACCUACCCUUUGGAGAAUGCAGUUCCUUUUAGUCUAGACAGCGUUGCAAGUUCCAUUCACUCCUUAUUUUCGGAGGAAACACCUGUAGUUUUGCAGUUGGCUCCCAGCGAGGAGAGAGUGUAUAUGGUGGGGAAAGCAAACUCGGUGUUUGAAGACCUUUCAGUCACGUUGCGGCAGCUCCGUAAUCGCCUGUUUCAAGAAAACUCCGUUCUCAACUCUCUUCCCCUCAAUUCUCUGAGUAGGAAUAAUGAGGUUGACCUGCUCUUCCUUUCUGAACUGCAAGUGCUGCACGAUAUUUCAAGUCUGUUGUCUCGUCAUAAGCAUCUAGCCAAGGAUCAUUCUCCCGACUUGUAUUCAUUGGAGCUGGCAGGUUUGGAUGAACUUGGCAAGCGAUAUGGGGAAGACUCUGAACAGUUCAGGGAUGCUUCUAGGAUCCUUGUUGAUGCUCUCCAAAAGAACACCCAAAGUCCCUAUAACCUUGCAUAUAAGUAUAACUUGGAGUAUUCAGUGGUUUUCAACUUGGUCCUGUGGAUUAUGAUCGGCUUGGCCUUGGCUGUGAUAAUCACCUCUUACAACAUUUGGAAUAUGGAUCCUGGAUAUGAUAGCAUCAUCUAUAGGAUGACAAACCAGAAGAUUCGAAUGGAUUGAAUUCUCCUUAUGCUAGACUUAGACAACAGGUUUGGUAAUUGGCUGUUUUGUUAAAGUAUAUCUUUUAGUGUUGUUUAAAGUAGACAGUAUACCUUAAAUUUAUUAAAAAGAAAACAUAGAUUUUGUUCUCUAUUUUGUGUGUGCCUAUUGUUUCUUUAGAGUGAUUUAUAGUGUUGACAAUUUGAAUUGUGAUAUAGAUUCAAUGUGCUCAAAUAUUGUUGACAUAGCCAUUUAAUAAUGUAAUUUCAUUCCAUUUAAUACAUGUGGAAAUAUGCACUGAGAGAAAUGUAAACCACUUAGAAUAGUCGUGUUACUCACGUUGGAGAAUGCACUGGGUUUCUUAGAGAAGCUUUCAAAUGCUUGACUUCCUUGCACAGGCUACCUAGUUCAGCUGUUAGUCAAUAUCAACUAUUUAUAAAUGUCUUGAUCUGAUGUAAAUAUCUCUGAGACAGGAGGAAAUAUGUUAACUAAGAGCAGCCCAAAAAUACUGGAUAUGCUUCUACAAUCGCUUAGUUCUGGACGUGUAUAUGACUAGCAAGCUAGCUGUUUUUAAUUUCUUCUGUAAGUUUGGUGAUCUGUGUGGUUUAGUAGAGAUAUUAAAAAUAUUAAAAAUACUAUGUUGAUUUCAGAAGAGACUAGCUUUGUGGAAUAUAGAUGCUUGUAAUUAGGUGUAUAAAAACAAAUCUGUGGGGGAUAUCUUGAAGCAUGAAUAUAAAAUAUUUUUAUUUCUGUAACUUUCCCCCUGUGAAGUUACUCUGGUUUGUGUGUGGUAUGGCUUCAAUCUGUAGACUAUAAUGUGGAAGUGGAUGAUUGCUACUGGUGAUGUGCAAAUGGACCAAUAUCUAUAUAGAGUGACAAAUAAAGAUAAUGAUUCCAAA